CGAGUUGAGAAAACUUCCAUAUAAAGGACCAACAGUUUGAACGUUAACCACAAAACACUUCCACACUUUCACGGACCAUUUCAAGUUCUACAGUGGACGUUUCCAGAAACAAUACUAAGAUGAAAUCUCUGAUGAUAGUUUUGGGUCUUCUUGUCUCGUGCACGUUCAGUUAUAGAAUCACUAUAGAAUGUAACGAUGGCGGCAGCACAAUAUCGAGCUCUGGUCUUACGGACUUGCUAUCUAUGGUCUUGGGCAAAGGUGAUGAUGAUGGACUAGGUCUGGGAGGUGGUGAUGAUGGACUAGGUCUGGGAGGUGGGGAUGUUGGAUUGGGCCUGGGAGGUGGUGAUCUGUUGGGGCUGGUCGGAGGAGACGAGGAUGGUGAGGAUGAUGACGACGUGGACGAUUUGUCCGCAUCGCUGAGGGAACUCGCUAAAGCUCUUCAAGAAAACAAGCAGACCGCUGAGGCUGAGACUCUCAACAAUGCUGCUGACGUCAUUGACAAACUGAGCGAGCAGAUGAACAAGGAGGUGGAGGGUGAGUUGAAGAAGGGGGACAGCGAGCUGGAGAAGGAGCUGACUAAUGAGGUGGAGAAGGAAACACAGGAAGAGGUCAACGACCAGAAAGAGGAGAACAAAGUCUUGGAACAGCUUGAUUCAACAUCACCUCUUCCAUGAACAAACCAGUUUAUAACAUAUGCUGUACGAUAUCGACGGUGUUGAACUGGAAAACCAUCUAAUGGAAUUUGAAUCCCAGCACAA